UGACGUCUUACAAAGGAGGCUCAAAAUCAUUCAACUGGAGCAAAGUUUUUUGUUCAGUGAAGGAUAUGCUGUUCCGUCCCCAGAAAGUAUGAGCCACAAAAGAUGGUUGGAAGCAAUGACUUUUAGCACUAUGGAUGAAAGACUGGAGUAUUAUUUAAGCUUAGAGACAGAUAAAGGCAAUGAGGAAAAGGUUCAAGACUUCAAUGGUCAGUUUACAUCUGAUCGUACUGAAGGCUCUGCUAGGAAGGAUCAUAUCAGUAAUGCUGCUCUCUCUGUUCCUGCCAAAGAACCCAACAACAGUAUCAGCCAUUCAGAUGAGCAAUUGUGUGAUGAGAGACUACAGAGUGCCAUGCAGGGUGGAAUUCCUUUGAUGAUAGACAUGGACUAUGUUGGACACAUGUCGUGUCAAGAACUGGAUGCGUGUGGAGAGCAGCUAUGGUUGGCAUAUUGCAAUAAUCGCCAGCAUAUCAACCCUUUCCAUCUGGUACUGUCUGGAUGCAAGCCUGAUAAUGCUUCAUAUAGGUACAUGGAGUUAUUGCACCAGGGAAACAAACCUCACUUCUUUGCCACAGUCACAGAGAAAAGUCCUGUGGAUCUACGUCCAGCUUCAGAGUUGGUCUACCUCAGCUCAAAGGCCAAAGAGGUUCUCACUGUAUUUGACCCAAACAAAGUCUACAUUCUUGGUGCCUAUUCUAAUAAGAAGACAAUCAAGCAUCCUUGUAUCAUGAAAGCAAGCAAGCAGAAUAUCCGUGCCAUGAGACUUCCUAUUGAUGAGCAUGUCAGAUGGCCUGGUGGUCCCAAGAAUCUCCUUCUUCAAGACAUCCUGAAAGUUUUACUGGCUGUGAAAGACGGGGCGUCAUGGAAGGAAGCUCUGAAACCCAUAAUAUUACACGGUGCUUCAAUACCACACUGGAUACGAGAAGCCAAGAAGAAGGACAAAUUACCUUCAAAGACCCGGCCACAACCUGUGAAAAAAAAUAGAAAUAAAGUAUGAUAGAUACAACUG